AUGCCUGAUAGUGAACCAAUUCGUCGUUUUGUACCCCUACCUACUCAAUUUCUACAGGAAGAAGAACCAAGUGAAGAUGAUGAUAAUGGUGAUGUUGAUGAGCAGGAUUUUCAGUACCAUCAGCAUUCAUCUCAUUUCCAGCAUUCUCCUUCUUGCAUGCCUUCUGAUCAUUCGAAGCAGACAUUUACUUCUACAAGAGGCAUUCCAUCAAAUACAUUCUAUGGCACUUCUCAGCGAAAUAGUUAUGGGCAAGUUCCAAAUGAAAUUGCUUCAGCACACAGACAACGAAACUUUCCAAGUCGGUCUUUUGCAGAUGUUGAUGACGCAUCUGAAGAUUCUUACCACUACAGAGAAGUAUUCGAUGAUCCACAUCAGCUGAUACCCAGUUAUCACGAGUAUUCAAUUACAAGCUCGCCAACAGAAAUUUCUGGUGGAAUGCCGGAAUAUUUUGUGUCCAGGGGGGCAUCAUCUGUAAUACGUCCUGGUAGUUUGGGAUAUGGAAGUCAAACAGAUCAACAAGGAGAAACAACUUUUUAUGAAUCUCAGCAAAGAUUGCAAGAACCAAAAGUUAUAUCUAAUGAAAGCAAUAGGUAUACUGUUGUUGGACAUACAGUGGAAGGUCAACCAAUAUACGCUUUACAAUCUGUGCGACCAAGAAGUUCGAAAUUGCAGCAGAGAUCACUAUAUCGUGUUGUGGAAAGUAGUACACAACCACGUUAUGUCUUCUUACGUCAGCCAAUCUCGUCUACGUCUCGACCACUUCGAGAUGGUCCUGAAAGCAGCUCAUGCAGUGAAAAUUAUCGUGCUGUAGCACGUGAAAUCGUCGCAAGAGCUCUUGAGGAAAAACGUCAUAAGCAGCAUUAUUUGCAAGAUGGACAACCGUCAUCUUCAGGCACCAGUAGUAGUAUUCCAAAAACAAAAAGAAAAACAGUGGUAUCAGAAGAUGAAGGAACAGGCAAAAUAAGUGAUUCGACAGUGGCUGCGCAGGUUGCUGCUAUCCAACGCUUUAGUACGCCUCUUGGAUGGAAACAAAUGGGAUCAUGGUUGAAAGCUGCAGAAGCUAGUGAAGACUGGAAUCGUUUGAAAUUAUUAUUAAGUCAAUGUGCACAAGCGAACCUGACGUUGGAUUUACUGCAGUCAAACGAUACUCCAAGAUUUGUACGAAAAUUGUCUAAAACAUGUCCUGAUCAAGAUGUACGUAAAGUAUCGGGUGAUUUAGUAUUACGGUGGAAACGCUUGAUAGCCACACCGCCACCGCAAUCAUCAGAAGGAACAAAAAAAGUUGGGUCUGCAAAACGAAAAACACCUCAUCCGGUGUCUGUUAGUGCAAAUAAAAUUAAAAAAAAAGAGAAGCAAGACAUUUCAAAGAAUGUAGAAGAAGAGGUAGAAUCAGAGGGAAGUGAAGUUUCCGGGAGCAAAGUAGAGACCAAAAAUAAGUCAUUAAAUAGUGAAUGUUCAGAACAGCUGGAUCGAGCGUCCACUAGUGUGAACAAACCUGUGAAAAUUUCGUCUCUUAAAAUUGUCACUAACAAAGUAAACAAAGCAGAAAAGUCAAGUGAAAGCGCCAAAGUUGUAUCUGAAAAGUUAAAUGAAUUCAACAUGUUCGAGAAGCUGGGUGAAGGGAGGAAAGAAAAAAAACCACGUCCGAAAACAGCCAAAACUUAUACUUCGAAAUUCCGUUCAACAGGAUUAGAGGGAGACGAUGAUGUUGCUUCUACAAAAAAUUCUACUAAUAAAGCACCGUUAGUCAAGAAGAAGGGUAGUCUACCAAGUAAAGGAUUAUUAGAUGCCAAGAAGCGUACUGCCAUGCCACCAAAUGUAUCCAAAGUACUGACAAAUAUUAUUCCAUCAAGUGCUCCUGUUACAUCUUCAGCUUUACCUGAAAAGAAGUCCAUGACAACUACUCCUGCAAGAGUUAUGAUGAGCAAUACAUUUAUGGAUGCUUUAAUGGACCCUGGAAAUAAGAAAACACCCUCCAAACAAGCUAAAAAACGGCUACCGCCUAGUGCGAAACCACCAACUUCCGUUAUGCCUAGUGUAAUGGAGGGGUUAUAUAGUGAUACAUCGAAAUCGCUGAAUAAAGACAAUAAAGAAAAGCAAGAUGAAGAAGUGAGUGAAAAGAAUGACGUAGUAGAAGAGCCAGAUAUUGUAUUGAGUAGUAAUCGGAAGAUACGGUUUGCUGAUGAACAUGGACAGGAACUCGUUGAAAUCAGAUAUUUUGAAGUAGAGGAAGGAGAAAGACUGAAUGUCAGUAAAUUAUCGUCUGAAGACAUGAAGCAUUUGGAAAUGCAACGUGAACGAACAUUUAUGAAAGAACAAAGAAGUUUACAUACAACUGAGUUUGGAUUCAAUUCUAAUCGUAUAGAAGGAACCACUCACAUUUUGUGGAAGCUAAUACCGCUUGACAAUGCUGUCUGCUUCGAAGGUCGAGGCUCUCUAAGUGAAGCAAAAAAAAUCGAAGAAGAACGACAAAAAACUGUCAUGAUGCCAUUUUAUGACCCUUCUUUAUGUGCUGAAUUGGCCGAAGCAGAACCUGAUUUAUCGGUUGAAGCAAUAUUGCCACCACUUGAAAUACCAUUAGAACCUGAAUCAACAGAUGAUGAUCAAAUUGAGGAUGUUACUCAAGCUGUCUUGAAUGCCACUAUCUCCACUGGGAUAUUACCAGACCAAAGUCAAGAGGAUAUGAAAGAAAUAGAUGUUCAAAAAUUGAUGAGUGAAUUGAAAAAAAAAGGUCUUGUUGGUUCGAGCUGUGAUUUAGCCAACAUUCUGAAUAAAGUACCUUCAGCUCCUACUACCACUACUGAAAUAACAGCAUCAUCUCUGGACUGUUCUAUGUCUGCGAUUAAUACAACUACUACUGCAACAUAUGCUCAAUUGACAGUGCAUCCAAAUAUGCCUAACAUGUCUUUACCGCCUCCUCGUUUUGCUCAAGGGCUUCCAAUGCCACCCAUGUUAGCGAAUGGUCAGUUUAUGUUACCAAUUCAACCUCAGCAACCACUUUUGAAUGGACCAGUUCCUGCAGGUGUGACGCCGACAGUUGGUGUAGAUUUAACUAUUCAUAGUGGUCCAUCUACAUCGGAAGCGCCGUCUUAUGGUACUUGUGGGCGUCCACAUCUUGUUGCAUCUAAAGCUUAUUUUUUAGCAAUCAAACAAUGCACGUUCUACCAGUCUGGUACAUGCAGUUAUGGUUUCCGAUGUAGAUUUGCACAUGGAGAUGAACCAACUGCAGGUACUCAAAGUUAUGGAUAUGGCGAUGAACGAGGAAAAGGAUUCAGACGGGGUAACUCAUCAUUUAGGGGUAUUCCCCCUCGUCGUGGUGUAGCUGAUGGAGGAUAUAGACGCGGGCGUGGAAAUUCUUCGUUCACUCGAAGAGGUUUUUAUGAUCGCGAUCGUGAUAGAGGUCGUGAUAGAGAUCGAGAAUGUGAUCAUGACCGUCGUCUUUAUGAUCGCUAUCAAAGACGACGCAGAAGAAGUUGGUCGAGAUCGAAAAGUAGAAGCAGAUCAAGAUCGAAAUCUCCAACUCCUUUAGAAAGACGUGCUUUUUCUCCUGAUAACCGUAAAUAUGGUGGAACGCGUGAGUUUGAUCAGGAAGAGCGUUUUGAAAAACGAUAUAGGAGUGAUGAUAGGGAACGGGAAGAUGAGCGCAUUGUUUCUGUACAGAAUCGAUUGGGUGAUGAGAAACUAUUGCUCUCAAGCCAAAAUUUUCCCGGAGGACAGUAUAGAAUGAAGGAAACAGAUGGUUUUAAAAGUUUAACAAAGGAUGAAUCAGUGAUGAAUAUUGAACAACAGAAGUUACCUCCAGGAGAUUCACUAACAAUUUUGAAACUAGGGGGGGUUCAGGAGCCUGCUUCUGAUUCUCCUGCUAGUCCAACCGAAGAUUAA